UUCUAAGAAACUAAAAAACAUGCCGCUGUUGUUUGCUUGGAGCCCGACCCACGGGUCAAAAGCUCAGCCCCUGGAGAUCGAUGCGCUUUCAACACCACUACCAACCCCCGCACAAAGCCAUGAGAAGAACACACUUCCCCAAAUCUGGAGGUCUUAUGAGAGAUCAACUUGCAGCGCCGAGCCAGGAUGGCGAGAAAAGAAGCGACGAUGGCUGUUAUGUAUUCUUUUACAUGUCUGGUGUUGCUAACGGGUCUCGCCGCAAAUGAGUUGCUUCCACCAAAGCCUGAGAAACUCUUCAGCAGGCCUCUGCAAAAGGAACAAGAGGUCAAUCAGCACCUCAACACAUCAGCCCUAAACACAGCCUUGGCCUUUGAACUUUACCGCGACCUGGCAACCAGAACCGCCGCUGAGCCUGAAGUCCAGCGACAGCCCAACAUCUUGUUCUCGCCUCUGGGUUUGGCGUCAGCUCUGGCCCUGCUGUCCCGAGUGUCUGGGUCCGAGAGUCGGCGCCAGGCCCUGGAGGCCCUGGGGCUGGCAGCCAACUCUACAGAGGAGAGCGUUGAGGCCACCAUAUCAGCUCUUACUGAUCUGCAACGUAGCUUCACUGAACAGGGGGGAGGGGGUGGAGGCGGAGUCCAAAGGGCAGAGUCUGAGGCUGGACCUGGAACAGAAGAUGAGAUUGGUGCCACGCCAGGGGUGGAAACUGGAGGGGCGGAUGCUGGAAGCAGAGCUGAUGUAGAUGAUGGGCCAGAGGGUAGGAAUGGAACUGAGGAUGGGGUUCAUCCUGAGGGUCAGCUGAGAGUGUGGAGCAGCCUACAUAUUGAUGGAAAACCCUCACUAGACUAUGACAGCUUUUUGUCCAGGCCUCAGCACACUGAACCCUCCACCCUCAACAUCAGCUUUGACACGCUGACCAAAGACUUGGAAGCCUCUGACAAACUUGAACUUAACAAUUAUGUGUAUUUCAAAGGUUGUCAGCCGUUCGAGCGGCGCCACACAGUGCCACGGAGCUUCCAGCUGAAUGCCACGACCAGCGUGGAGGUUGCCAUGAUGUUCAGGGACGACUCCUCUGAGGUGAUGAUGCUGUAUGACACCAACUGCUCAGCCACGGUGGUGCAGCUGGCUUACACAGAGCGGCUGGCCUCACUGCUCCUGCUCCCCAAAGCCGAGUUGCAGCCCCUGGAGGACUGCCUCUCUGCCAGCCGCAUGAGCUUCUGGCUCAGCAACCUGAAGCCGGGGUAGGUGGGGACGCCAAAUUGUUGAACUGGAAUGAGCUGCAAACCAUGUCAAGUUAUCCUCUCACUCUUGCAUGGACUUUUUGUUUCAGAAGCUUGAAGGAUGAGUGGAAAUGAAAAAAUUCAC